CAGCUGAGUUUCGGAGACGCCGCCUUGGUCAGGAAGAAUGUCGACAACCUCAGUGAGGAGGACAUCAUCAACCUGCAGAAGGCGCUCCGCGACGUAGCAGACGACAAGUCCGCCAAAGGUUAUGCCGCCAUAGCCGCAUACCACGGCUACCCCGCCCAGUGCAAGGACGCCAGCAACCGUCCAGUUGCCUGUUGCGUCCACGGCAUGCCAGUUUUUCCACAAUGGCACAGGUUGUACGUGGUGCAGUUGGAGCAGGCUCUCAAAGAGAAAGGUAAGCGUCUUUGUUUUAAAUUUUUAAAAAUUUGGAAAUCUGAACAGUGAAGACAAAAUCAAAGAUAACAUUUUGUCAAAUUUUUAAUUUUUUAAAUAUUUUAAAUGUUGCUUUCUAUAUAAAAUUAAAUUAUAUCUUAAAACUUCAUACUAAAAAAAGUGCUAUUUUUUUUUAUUAAUACUUUUAAGGUCUCUGCAUAAUCACUAACUAUUUUGUUAUGAACUGGUGUUGUGAGCGUAGUCGGGAUCUGAGUGGAAGGUAGUCGAACAUGUGUUGUUUACUUAAGACUGGUUGUGUUAUUAAACGAAAGUGUAAAAGGUCAAUUAACAAGUGAGUUGUCUAGAUGUCGUUACAGAAUUAUCCUCUUAGUGUUAAGUUAUAUUGAGUUUUCGUUAGAGAGUUGUCAUCGUAGUGUGUUAAGUUAUGUGCAGGUGAGUGUUCCAAAGUGUUGUUGUCAGCCGGUGGUCGUGAUCUCAGCCUCAGGGUGUUAACAAUCGAGUUUGAUUCUGGCGUAUGUGCAACCUGUGGUUUUAAUCACAGUGUAAUAUCAAAUAAAAACUUGUCGUCUUAAACACAGUGUAAUAUCAAAUAAAAACUUGACGUCUUAAACACAGUGUAAUAUCAAAUAAAAACUUGUCGUUUUAAACACAGUGUAAUAUCAAAUAAAAACUUGUGGUUUUAAACAAAGUGUAAUAUUAUAUAACAACUUGUGGUUUUAAUCACGGUGUAAUAUAAAAUAAAAACUUGACGUCUUAAACACAGUGUAAUAUCAAAUAACAACUUGUGGUUUUAAACACAGUGGAAUAUUAUAUAACAACUUGUGGUUUUAAACACAGUGGAAUAUUAUAUAACAACUUGUGGUUUUAAACACAGUGGAAUAUUAUAUAACAACUUGUGGUUUUGUACACCUUGUAAUUUUUUAUUAAAAAAAAAAAAAACUGCUGGUUUUGAACACGGUGUAAUAUUAAAGGAGAACGUGUACAUCAAGAACUCUGUUAUUUUCACUAGACAUCGCUACUUAUUGUAGUCACCAAGAACGGCCGUAAACGAAAGCGUUCGUUAGACAUAAUUGUUUCCCUAGGCAACAAGUGGAGCCUGUCCAACUGCCCGUUCAGUCUCCACAGGUACUGCGGGAGUUUGUUAACUGUAAGAAGGAAGAUCGCAACAUUUGAUAUACUGUAAACUUCCUUAAGAAUGUAGAUCACAACAACAUAUAUUAAUGACUAUUUUUAGUGAGACUAGAAUGAAAGAUUCCAGAUGUUGAAUUGUGGCGGUUAUUUUUCUAGAAGAAAGAUAAAAGUUAACUAAAUUUGACUUCAAGAGUUUAUGAGGUCAACUUUGUUUUUUUUUAACGACAUAAUAUUACUUUUUGAUAGUAAAAAAAAAAAAUGAAAUGUACAUAAUAAGGAACAUAAUUAGAGACAUUUUGAGAAUAUUUGAGAAUGGGGAUGUUCUGAUAAUUUUGGACUAAAUAUAAUCCACGAUUUUGUUUAUAAAUUCGUUUAUAUUUCUCCAGAGGGAAAUAUUUCUGAAUAACAUUCAGAGAAUUAAUUUGAGCAUUUGUUGCAUAAGAAAAAUAUUAAAACAAUCGGAAAAUCUUAUAAUGAAGUGAGUGAAACAAAAAAAUUGAUGAAUUAUUUGAUUUGUACAUGAAAACUAUCCUAUAUCCUAAACUUGUUCAUCUCAUGGGGAUGGUGUCGCUGGAAUGUAAACCAAAUUUAAGAGCGGAAUUCUGUCACGGUUUUAAAUCCCUGCAUAGAAAAAAGAAAGAUAAACCUUUUGAAUUUGUCCAAUUGUACUGAAGUAAACUGAUCAAGACAUUACUUUGAAAGGAAUAGUUUGGAUUGAAGUAAGCUGAUGAAGGAAGAAAUUACUUUGAAAGGAAUAUGUUUGGCUAUAUAUUUAAAUAUAUUUUGUGCUCUGUUUAAAACAAGUUCUUUCUAAAUUACCCACCACAAUUUUCAGACGCUUACAUUAACACCUUAACUACAUUGUCCACUUAUCAGUUUCAAACACAACUGUAAUGAAUAGACAUAUUUUUAGACAGAAACUAAAAAAAAAAUCAAACACAGCUAUAACGUCCACAUCUGCUUUCAGGUCUCAGCAUUGGUAUCCCAUACUGGGACUGGACCCGCCCACUCACCAAACUGCCCGACCUGGUCAGCCAGCAGGUCUUCAUUGAGAGCGACGGCACCAAGGCCAAGAAGAAUGUCUGGUACCAGGGAGACAUCGAGGUCGUUGAGAACUCCAAGACCGUCAUCAGGCACACCGCCAGAGCUCUGGAUGACAGACUUUUCCAAAAGGUUCUUAUUAUUCAACCUUUUUACAUCACGCAUAGUACAAUAGAAAUAAUUCGAUGCAGAAAUGACUUAUCCACUAACUGAGUCUUUGGUUUAAUCUGAUUAAAUUAUGUGCUUGAAUAGUAACUAACCACAAUUUUAUAGUAACAUUGUAAUAAUAUUUCUUUGCGCAACUUAUUUUUUAAAAACGUUAUUGAUGUACGCAAUUUAUUGUGUUAUUUCAAAAAGUAGUCUAGUACUUUUAAAGGAUGACAAUUAUGAUGUUUAUUCGUGUAAAUAAAGAUGUUUAAUCAUAUAAAUAAAGAAGUUUAUUCAUGCAGGCUGGCUGUUAUUUUUUAUUAAAGUAAUAUGUUAAUUUUUCCCAUGAAAGAUGUCAUUUCACGAAAGUAAUGCUUUAUUAAUAUAAUUUACUUUCCGCAGGUCGAACCCGGUCAGAACACCGAUCUGUUCGAGCAAGUGUUGAAUGCUCUCAUGUACCCCAACUACUGCCAGUUUGAGGUCCAGUUUGAGAUUGCCCACAACACCAUCCAUUACCUGGUCGGUGGACGUAACAAAUACUCCAUGUCUCACCUCGAGUACACCUCAUACGAUCCCAUCUUCUUCCUGCACCACUCCAACGUCGACAAGAUCUACUCCAUCUACGAGGCCCUGCAGAAGGAAAAAGGCUACACACCUGGUAAGAAGUAGCCACCUGUUACUAGAUGAACUAAGCAUAAACAUUAUCCUCCUUAAAAUAGCAGGCAAAAUUUUUCAGCUGCAUAAUUAAUUUUAAAAAAAUUGUUCUUUUCCUUUCGAAUUUAAUCGCCGUCAGCUAUUUUACAUUUCAAUGAAUAAUUAUGUUUCUGGAUAAUUUAUUCUUAAUUGGUAUAGAAUUAUAAUUCAAAAUAUAAAAAUGCAAGACACAAAAAUUACAAUUUUUUUUCUCUAAACUCAUUGGGUGUUCUACUUAAUAGAAAUGUAUCCUUAAAUUUGUUUGUGAGAUUCAACCAACGUUUAUUAACAAGCAUACUUUGAUCCAUAGUUUCUAAAAAGCAUCCUUUGAUCCAUAGUUUCUAAACAAGCAUCCUUUGAUCCAUAGUUUAUUAAACAAGCAAACUUUGAUCCAUAGUUUUUUAAACAAGCAAUACUUUGAUCUAUAUAAUGUUUAGGUCCCGGAUGCACAGGAAAAUGUGAGCUGUGUGACUUGAAACACUUCGAUGAACCGUUAGCCCCAUUCAGCUGGGAGACCAACCCCUUCGCCGUUACCAAACAGUUCAAUCUUCCCAGGGAGGCAGUAGAUGGUUCAAUCUACGGCUACAAGUAAGCACAUCUUUUCAUUUACAUUCAUGUUGAAGAUAAAGCCUCAAGGCUUAUACAAAUUGUUUGGAAAUAUUUUUUCAACAACAAGCGACUAUCCAUAAAAAAGUCUUACAAGACAAUCAUUGUAAAGAGAUAUAAAUAGGUUUUAAGAAGUAUUUAUAUCAAUUUUCAUUUUAAAAAUGUUCAGGAAAUCGAGAAUUUAAUUGAAAUGAAAAAAUUCAAAAUUUUUUUUUGCUCUUCAGAUACGACAACCUUACCCUGAAUGGCUAUGAUUUGAACGGCAUCAAGCGAUUGCUGAAAGAGAAAUGGUCGCAUGCUGCCUCAUACGCCGUUUUCCGUCUGUCUGGCAUUUCCACUUCUGCCAACGUCCGUGUUCAGGUUCGUUAAGGUCUUAGAUUCUAAUGGGAUGAAAACUUCAAAGAAGUUCAUGUUUAUUUUCAUAUAAAUUCAUUUAAACAUCAUUCAGAAGUAUUAAAAAUGUAUGUCAAAUCAAGUAUAUUUCAUGAAAGUUGACAAGUAUAAAUUAUAAUAAUUUAUCAUUAUUAUUAUUUUAAAUACCAUUUUACCGGAAGUUCUCAAAGGAUAAAUUCAGAAUUAAAUCUUCGUUCAGGUUUGCGUUCCAUCUGAAGAUGAAGUUACCGGUACCUACUGCGAGUUCGCUGGCGAUUUCUUCGUUCUCGGUGGACCCCUCGAGAUGCCCUGGGCUUUCUCCAGACCCUACUACUUUGAAAUCACCAAGACCGUCGAGAAGUUAGGUCUCGCCCUGGACGGCAACUACCGCGUCGAGGCUGAGCUCUUCAGCGUCAAUGGCACCCAGCUGCCCUCAAGCCUCCUUCCUCACCCAUUCGUCUCCUACAGGCCAGCCAAGGGAACCGUUGAUCGUGAGUCUCAUCACAUUAAAUUUCAAUUACAUGUGAUGAUAAAUGGGCUUUCAAUUAGUACCGAGUCUCAUUUAUGAUUAUAUUGAUGGGAUGAUAUUAAUAAGAAUACAUUCAAUAAGUCUCUCUUCUAAAAACACAAAAAAAAAAAAACAUUCACACAAGCCAAAAUUUAACGUUAAAUCACUGCUUGUCAAGUAAUGUAAUAACAUAUAUUUAAACUGAUUUUGUCUGAUUUUUACUGGAUUAUUCUAAUUUAUAUUGUAUUUUCUUCUUAAUAUAUUAUUUUAUUAUGAUUUGUUUCAAAAUAGCAACUCUCAACAAUAUUAUCAAGUAAUUAUUUGAAAAACAAGACUCCGUUAUUUUCCUGUUGUUGCUUUGUAUGUAUUAUAAACUGGUAACUUAAAUUUGACUAAACCACAUCAUACAUAUUAUUAUGUUUCCAGCUCCCAUUGCUCACAAUGAGGUCAACCAUGAACAUGAAUACCACGAGGGUAUUUCUGUACGUAAGGACAUUGACCGCUUGACCAACGAGGAGAUUUACGAGCUCAGAGAAGCUCUCCAGAAGUUCCAGGUACGUGCUUGUAUUUAGUUACAAGGUCAAUGUAUAAUGAGGUCCUACAAGUAAAUUUAAUUAUAAGAAAAAUUAAAAACAAUAGUUUUUUAAACAAAUGAGUAAGGCUCGCAAGAAUAAAAAAUUUAUAUACAUCUGCCCUUGUGUUCACAUGAUCUUCAUCUUAACGAGUCCAUAUGAUCUUCAUCUAAAAAAAAUAAUGUGAUCUUCAUCUAAACGAGUUCAUGUGAUCUUCAUAUAAACAUAACAUUCGUUUGUGCAGAAUGACAAGAGUGUUGAUGGCUACCAGGCAAUUGCUGAGUUCCACGGUGACCCUGGCAAAUGCCCCAAUCCCAAUUCCAAGAACAGGAAGGCCUGCUGUAUCCACGGUAUGCCCACCUUUCCCCACUGGCACAGACUCUUGGUUGUACAGGUAAGAAACAACGUUGGCAUGGCAAUAAGACAUAAGGUAUAAUGUACAUAAAAUCAGUAGUUUCUCAUUAGGAUAAUCCUUUUAAAAAAUUUUAAAAACUUUUGUUAGCAGUGAAAAAAAUGUAUUAGCCUAGAAAUAGAAAUAUUUUUUAAAGAGUUUAAACUUUCAUAAUAGCUUUUAUCUGGAACACACCAAUGCCAGACAACAAUUCCGCUAAGCUUAUCAAAGUACUUCAUUUAACUCACUGUGGUCAGGUUGAAGAUGCCCUACGCCGUCGUGGAUCUAACAUCGGUGUUCCUUACUGGGACUGGACCAAGCCCAGAACAUCUGUCCCUAAACUGGCCGCAGAUGAGACCUACACCGAUCCCACUACGUGAGUACUGAAAACUUUUGUAACUGAAUUUAACAUGUCAGUUUUACAAUAAAUAGUCUAUAGUGACUAUGUGGAUGCAUUGUUAUUUUGGUUAAUUUUAGUGAUGACUGGAUUCAGGUUAAAAAAAAAGAAAUGUAAAUGCCACGUUAGGAAAAAAACUUUAAAUUAGACAAAGAAAACUCUUUUGUUUCGCCUAUCUUUAAGUAUUACCUAAUGCUGUAUUUUAUGUCUUCUUAUUGUUAUAAAGAGCCAUCUUAAAAAUACAUGUGAAUUUGUGUUAAGAUUAAAGUUAAAUUCAUUGAUAAUUACAGCCCAAGUUAAACUGAAACAGUACAAACAGGGAAAUAAACCAAUGUUUCCAAAAGCUACAAGUGUCGCACACAAUACCUGCCGUCUUAAUCUUAAUCUCAGACUUUCAGAAAUAACCUGUGAAAUGAAAACAAAACAAGCAAUAGUUUCAGACGGUUUUAGUUCAAUUAUACGUGACUAAACAUUUUUGAUUACAGUAAUGAAGUAAAGAGAAAUCCCUUCCACGACGCACCAAUCACAUUCCUCGGUGACUCCACCAAGACAACACGUGACGUCUCUAGCUCACUGAGCGACAGUCCAAAAUGGGGAGACCACACCGAGCUGUUUGAUGCCUUCCUUCUUGCUCUUGAACAAGACAACUUCUGCGACUUUGAGGUUAGCAAAUGAUUAAUAAGCCGUCGAAAAUGUAAAAAUUUAAAACAUUUAAUGUUAUAGAGAAAUCAAAGGCGUAUAUGUAAUGUUAUAGAUAAUUCAAAGGCGUAUAUGUAAUGCUAUAGAUAAUUCAAAGGCGUAAAUGUAAUGUUAUAGAGAAUUAAAAGGCAUUUAUGUAAUGUUGUAGAGAAUUCAAAGGCAUAUAUAUAAUAAGUAUGAUAAUUCAUAGUUCAAGAAAAAUGUAUUAAAAUUAAGAAGUUUGUAUAACAAAAAUUGUAAUAUGUUAGGACAAUCAAAAAAUUACUUUUCAUUCUUUCCUAUUUUUAAAAAGCUUUUCUUGUAAUUAUUUAAUUAAUUAAAUAUUGUUUUCAUUUAAAAAAAAAACAAGAACACAUAAAAAACUGUACAUUAAUUACUUGCCCAUAUUUUCUACCGUCCCAUAGGUUCAGUUUGAGGUCGCCCACAAUUUGAUCCACGCCCUCGUGGGAGGCAAAGAGCAGUACAGCUUGGCCACCUUGUCCUACAGUGCUUUUGAUCCAAUCUUCUACCUUCACCACAGCAACGUCGACAGGAUCUGGGCCAUCUGGACAGCUCUUCAGGAACUCAGGUAGGAGAAUGAUCUGCUUGGCGAGGAGGGCCAAAGAGGCAUGUUACAGACUUCUAUGUACCGGCUGUUUCUCCUUCCCAGAAAAAUUUAACACUCAACUUGUUAUUCCUUUUCUGUUUUCUAUGUCAAGCUGUGCUGGGACUUCCCUGAAAACAUAUUCUGUGUAGAUUUACAUAAUUCAAUUGAUAUCUUUACUAUUUUUCUAUAACCAGUGGCCUAGCAAGAGUUAGUGCCGUUGAAGAGGGCCAUGUUUUUCUCUCCCACUUUUACAAAAUAAACCUCUUCAGUAGACUGAAAAUAUUGCCUCUAUUUAUGGCAGAAAAGGGGAUGACCCUACGCACCCCACUAACUACGUCAAUGCUUAUAAACAUAAGCAUAAACCAGAGUCCUUGAAAAAUUAGAGAAAAGUAUGUUAAAAUAAUGUCAAAUCUAGAUUUUCUCUUUACCAUUGCACACAUAAAAUAACAGAUUUUCGCACAGAGAAGAGUAAUAUCCCCUGGACUAUUUUGAGUUAACCUUAACAGACGUAAACCCCGUGACCAAUCUAUACAUAUAACAGUUGAAUUGAAAUUAACCUUGACCUUUGACCUACCCCAACAGAGGCAAGCCUUACAAGGCUCAUUGUGCCCAGUCCUACACCUUCGAGCCACUUAAGCCCUUCGCCUUCUCCUCCCCUUACAACAAUGACCAGAAGACCUUCACACACGCCGUGCCCAGGAACGUCUACGACUACGAGACCGAGCUCAACUACGCCUACGACUCCCUCGAGUUUGGCGGCCUGACCAUCAAGCAGCUCAACGACUACAUCAACAACGAGCGUAAAACCAAGAACCGCGUGUUCGCUGGCGUCCUUCUCUGGGGCAUCAAGAGAUCCGGUGAGUUAGGCCAAUGGUAGUUUGUAUCUUUUAAUAUACUGCUAUGUAUAAGUUGUAUGGGCAUUUGUUCGUAUCUUUUAAUAUGCCGGUAAGUAUAAGUUGUAUGGGCAUUUGUUUGUAUCUUUUAAUAUGCCGGUAAGUAUAAGUUGUAUGGGCAUUUGUUUGUGUCUUUUAAUAUACCUAUAAGUAUAAGUUGUAUGUGUAUUUGUUUUUUUUCGUUUGGUAUAUCUGUAUUUGUAUAGCAUACCUACCCUAUCCAAUGUCCUUAUGUAUAUGCACCAAUUAAAUUCUUUUCAAUUCAGAUGUUACACAUUUCAUGUAUAUUUUUAAUCAAUGUUUAAACAAAUUAUGUAAUGUAUAUAUAAUAUAUAUAUAAAAGAUUUUUUUGUUUAAAUUGUGCACUAUUGUGUAGUCAUAAAUAAUGUCUUAUUGAAAUGCUUCCUUUGAAGACAUUUGACACAUUUUAGAUAAUAGCCGUUACAACGUGGGGAAUGAGUAAAGACGUAAUUUUUCUCCCUACAGCAUUGGCCACACUUUACGUCAAUGACGUUGAAGCCGGACGUUUCGCUUUGUUGGGUGGACCCUCUGAAAUGGAGUGGCGAUUCGACCGUCUAUACAGGUAAUAACUCACCUGAUGUUGACCAUUCACUUCACAUUGUUGAAUUUAAACCAACAAAUUUUUUAUUUCAAGAAACUUAAGCUUUAUUAUUCCAUGAAACACAAUCCUGUGAAACAAACUCCUGUGAAACGCAAUCCUGUUAAACACACUCCUGUUAAACACAAUCCUGUUAAACACAAUCCUGUUAAACACAAUUCUGUUGAACACAAUCCUGUUAAACACAAUUCUUAAAGAUUCUUUUGUUAUUUCCCUUUUAUGGCCAUUAGUAAAAAUGCAUUUCUGUUUUUUUUCUUUGUUCUGUUAAAAAGUUCACUUAUUUAAAAGAGUCGUGAAGUCAUUCCAUGACAAUACGCAUUCUAGUGAUAUUCUCCAGAGAUAUUAGAUAAUAUAAGAUAACAUUCUUUUAGUGAUAAAAAAAAGAAAGUUUUUUUUUUAUUACAUUGUACAUUUUCAGCACAUAAAUAAAACAAUUUGAACACAAGACAUCUACAUUAAAUUUUUUUCCCUUGUGAAAAAAACAGCCAUUCAGUGAAUUCUCUUAGCCAUAUUAUGGACUUAUCAGUUCUCAUUAAGAUUAGUGACUUCAGCGGGAGCACGCUGUUAAAUUCGUACAGAUUGGGGAAUAAAAGAAUUUUUUUAAUAUCUUUCAAUCCUCGUUCUGAGAGAACGUAUGCGUUGCAACAUUAAAAUAAGAAUUAUUUACUUAAAAAAAUUAUUACAACUUAAUUGUAAAAAAACAACAAUUAAAACAGGAUUUAGCAAUAAUUUCUUGAUGUGUUUCCACAAGGCAUGAGAUCACUGACAGCCUUGAGGAGCUGAACCUUCACUGGGCACAGCCAUACAAUGUCACCCUGAAACUCACAGACUUCGAAGGACACGAAAUUCCCAACAACCCAUUCCCCAAACCACAGCUCAUCUUCAAGGCCAAAGAGGGUUAGUACUGCAUAAAAACUCUCAAAACAUACCAAUCAAGUUCUACGAAUUAAAUUAUUGUCCGUCCGCAUUAUCCAGCCACAAACAGAAAUAAAAGUUUUGUAUUGAACAGAAAACAUAACCCACUAAUAAAAACAUUUCUUUUGAUACAAUCCUUUAAACAUUUAAGAAAAAGUAUAUAAAGAUGUCAGGUUAACAAUGAAAAACAUGCCAGGGACAUUUUUAAAUGCUUAAAUUCAAUUUUCUACCAAAAAUCUUAGGCAAUUUAUUCAAUAAUAAUGUUUAAAAAAUUAUUUUAAAAAACUGAACAAACCCCCUCCCCCUUUCCAAACUAUUAAAAUAUUAUUUUAAUUUUUAUCUCAAUUAUUUUUUUUUAAAAAAGACGUUGCUCUGGAUAUCUCAGCUAUGCAAGAAAAUCUAAAUUUUAUUGUAUUUAAUCAAAAGACAUAAAAAAAGCACAAUUUGAUUAAUUUCAAUGGCUUGUUUUCUACAUGAAUUGCAAUUUAGAAACUUCUGACCUUGAUUUCAUAAACUCUUAAAUUUCUUACUUUGAUUUAAUGAACAGAGCCCAAGGAUGUCUCUGCAGACACCAUCAGAAUCCGUAAAAAUGUUGCAAUCUUGACCGAGGCUGAGGUAGUCGAUCUCCGCCAAGCUUUGGCCAAUCUUCAAAAUGACCAGUCCGCUGGAGGAUACCAGGUAAUUGUCUCAAUUUAUGUCCAUAUUGUAAAACCUGUUACCAAUGUUUCCAUGCGUGCAAAAUAGAAUUUGUGAAAUAAUGAAAAUUAUGAUUAAAAAAAAAAAAAUUACGUUGACCUUAUACCCACCAGGAUCUUGGACGCUUCCACGGCACACCCAACUGGUGCCCCACCCCCGAUGCUGAGGUGAAGAAAUCUUGCUGCCUUCACGGCAUGCCCACCUUUCCUCAUUGGCACAGGUAAGACAAAGAUUUCAAGGCUAUAUUUAUCUUUCCUCAUUGGCAAAGGUAAGACAAAGAUUUCAUGGCCAUAUUUACCUUUCCUCAUUGGCACAGGUAAGACAAAGAGUUCAAGGCCAUAUUUACCUUUCCUCAUUGGCACAGGUAAGACAAAGAGUUCAAGGCCAUAUUUACCUUUCCUCAUUGGCACAGGUAAGACGAAGAUUUCAUGGUCAUAUUUAUCUUUCCUCAUUGGCACAGGUAAGAUGAAGAUUUCAUGGUCAUAUUGUUUUGCACAAAUAAAAUGUAGGCGUCAAUACCUUGCUUCACGCAUCAUAUUUCUUGUAUUAAACUACCUUCUAAGAGUAAAAAGAAAAAUGUGCACAAGUCUUGAAAAUAGAUACUUCAUCUCUCACGCUAAACUACUUAUUAAACUCAUUUUUAAAAAAAAAUUCUUCUAAAGGCUUUGGACCGUCCAGGCUGAAAACGCCCUACGUCGUCAUGGUUAUGUUGGUGCUGUUCCCUACUGGGACUGGACCCAGCCAGUAAAGUCUCUCCCAGACCUCGUCACUUCUGAGAAAUACCUGGACCCUAGCAGCAACAAUGAAAUUAAGAACCCAUUCUACAGGUAAUCACUAUUCAAUAAAGUUAUGAAAUUAUAGAAAAAUAUUUACUAUAUUUUAUUUUAUAUCUGCACAAAUAAAUGUUUCUUAACUAUAGCUAAAGUAAAAUCUAGUGAUAAAAAUCAUGUUUAAAUGAAAAUGUUAUUGUAAAGACGUGUUAAUUUCAUAUAGAAGACGUUAAAACAAAGAAUUUGUUUCAGUACUAUUAGCUUAAAACUGUUCCUUUAAAGAUGUCAUUUCUUUGCAUCGUUAGCGCUCACAUCACUGACGCUGAUAAGGACACUGUCAGGUCACCCAGAGAUGAUCUCUUUGAACAGCCCAAGUUCGGACAAAACACAGCAAUUGCCAAGCAGGUACGAUUCUUGACAUUAUAUCCUAAGUAUUGCUCAAAGCGAGGCAUUUAACUAAGAGAAUUUUCUCAUUCAGAUAAGAGAUAAAGAUGAGAUAUGUUGAAUCUUUAGAAAUGUGUAAAAGGGGUUCGUACACAAUAACCUUUAGUGAGGCAACUUAAAAAGUAUUGUGACUGACAAGGAACAAUUACAAACACACCAAUGUAUAGUUUUUGAUAAUUAAUAUUAAUAGUUCUUAUCUGGAAUAGUUUAAAUGCAUAGUUAUGUUGUACUUUCUAUACAUUAAAAUAUAACGAAAUAGAAGUUAGUCACCUUGCAUAAAUGUGUAAUAAUUUAAAAACCUAUUUGCCAGGUUCUCCUCGCCCUGGAACAAGACAAUUUCUGCGACUUUGAGGUUCAGUUUGAGAUUGCCCACAACUUCAUCCACGCCCUUGUCGGUGGCAACGAGCAGUUCUCCAUGGCAUCCCUCCUGUACACCGCCUUUGAUCCCCUGUUUUAUCUGCACCACGCCAACACAGACAGACUCUGGGCCAUCUGGCAGGUGAGUGCACUUAAAACAGCUGUCUAAUUUCCAUUUUAACUUGGCAUUUCAGGACACUGUAACUAUUUUGUACUAAAACAGUACGAAGGCUGGUCUAUCUUAUCUUAUGAUUAAAAAAGCGAUAACUCUUAAACCUAAGUUUUGAAAUGAACAUCAGUUAAAUCAGAGUAAUAUCCCUUAGUUACCAAAACAAUUAGCUGAUGAAAGAGAUCCUAGUUAAAUCUAAUAGUAGUUAAAGCACAAAAUACACAGAUGUUAUAGUUACACAUUUUGAAAUACCAUCAACAAAAAAUUUUCAUUCAACUAAGUUACCAAACUGGUGUAAUCAGGACAUACGUAUUUUUUGGAGAACUCUAUAAAUAACAGAAUAUCAUAACGCGCCAUCAAAGGUUGGUCUUAGACCCAGAAAAAUAACUUUAACAAUAUUUAUGUGAUACUUUUGAUAUUCAUGGGUUAUUUGUGGGAUAAUUAUACAUUUUAAAAAAGUACUACUUUACGAGAAACAAAGUUGAAAUUACAUAAUAUUUCUGUUAAUAUUGUAAAAAAGAUUCAUUAUGGAUAAUUUUAUUUCAUUUCUACCUCCACACCUUCCAAAAAAAUAAAUAAAAUCAUCAGGCUCUUCAGAAGUACCGCAACAAGCCUUACAACACAGCUAACUGUGCCAUUGGACAACUGCGUAAACCCUUGUCACCAUUCAGCUUGACCUCUUCCGUUAAUCCCGAUGCCAAUACCCGUGAGCAUUCACUGCCCUUCCAGGUGAGAUUUCACGUUAGUAGGGAAAUAUACAAAUUAUUGAAAAAAUAAAUAGUAUGUAUUAUAAUUGGGAAUUACAACUAUUAAAAGAGAGUUAGUUGUCGGCAUGAAAAAUCUUUAACAGUUGAUAGUUUUAUUUAUCUAAGUUGUAUAUUUACUUUUAGGUAUUCGACUACCGCAAUAACUUUCACUACGAGUACGAUAACUUGGAGUUCAAUGGAUUGAGCAUCCCACAACUGGCCAAGGAGCUGGAGAAGAACAAGGGAGAUGAUCGCGUCUUUGCUGGCUUCAUGCUUCACGGUAUUAAGAGAUCCGCCCUCAUCAAGUUCCAGAUUUACAAGUACGCACCAUUGCUUUCAAUAGUUUUUAUUCUCAAGACCAGAAAUAUGGAUUGCUCAAUCGGACUCUUCACGCAAUCAAAAUUCAUUAAAUAAAUUCAGGCUAAAAUCCGUUCCAAUGAAAAAUUGAUUUCUGACUGGAACUAAGUAACUUAUAAAAUAUAUCUUUUUAGAUUGUAAAGCAUAUCAAAUCAUGAGCGUUUAUCAACAGCUGAUAUCAUAUAGGUCCAACUUAUUACGCGAAGCAGAAAGCUGGUUCAUGUUGUUUUCAAUAAUUAUCAUAAUUUUAAGCUCAAGUAAACCCGUCUCAAAUAAAAUAUUAGAAUUUCUGUCUAUAAUCCUUGGAAUCUUUUAAAGACAUUCCAACUCUUGUAAACGUUUCUUAAAUAAUUUUUUUCAGGAGUGAUACUGAGUUCAAAGAAGCUGGAGAGUUCUACAUCCUCGGUGACGAGAACGAGAUGGAGUGGUCCUACGAUCGCCUGUACAAGUACGAGAUCACCCAACAACUGGAAGAUUUCGGCCUUCGCUACAACGACCGCUACUCCAUCAAGUACCAGGUGCUCAACUUGGACGGCUCCGUCUACGGCACCGACACCUUCUCCACACCGACCGUGCUCUUUGAGCUGGGAACAAGUGAGUACACCACAAGAAACCAAAACAACAGUACAACGUUAAACCUAACUCAUUAAAGAAACAAAAUAUGUAAAUAAAGUAUUAUGAGUUUACGCCAAGAUUGACUUGGUUUUAAUGUUUGGUGCGGACUUGUAGAUUUUAAAUUAAACUGUUUGACCUUAACCCCGAUGUAUGUUUAAAGAUCUAUGAACUAAACUUGAUUUCCUCACUAUGUUCCAGGCAAUCUGUACGGCAAGGAAUUCCGUGCCGUUUCCACAGCUGCAUCCCAAGUCCGUCGCAACCUGGACUCACUGUCCCAGGGUGAGAUUGAAAGUCUCCGCGCAGCAUUCCUGUCCAUCAAAGAGGACGGAACCUACGAGAAAAUCGCCUCUUUCCACGGCAAGCCUGGUAAAUGCAAGGACAGCGCCGGCCGCACUGUUGCCUGCUGCGUCCACGGCAUGCCAACCUUUCCUGCCUGGCACAGACUCUAUGUGGAACAGGUAUAUUUGUUAGUGUUAAUUAUUUAGGCAAAUAAGAGGGUUAUUUUAUUUAGUUACAAAAUAAAACUCUAGUCCACAAUUGAGGAACAUUCCACGCCUUGCUGGAGUGCUGUUGAAAGUCUCUUGGCUGACGAUGUUACAUUACUCAUCUACAGGUCGAGGAAGCCCUUCUUGGCCGUGGUUCUUCCGUGGCUGUACCUUACUGGGACUGGACCACCGCCUUCACCAAGUUGCCCGACCUCAUCAACCAAGCCACUUACUUCAAUUCACGUCAGCAGAGGUUUGAGCCCAAUCCUUUCUUCAGCGGUUCUAUCGCUGGCGAAGGAGCUGUCACCACAAGGUAACCACGCAUUUUAUUUUUUUAAAAUCCCGUUUUUUCUCUUUUACAUGAGGAUUGUUAUCGGUUUUUAGCCUUGCUUUCUAUAGGAGGACUUGAUCCUACACUGCAGAAAUUUUGACAUUGUUUGUUUUUCUAAAAUUUACUGAUUCUUGAUUUAUUGAUCCAAAUUACUUAUAAAUUUAAAAUUUCUUUGUGACGUGAAUAAAAAACAAUAAGUUUCCUCAACGCGUAACAUUUUAGGCAUUAAAAUAAUAACUCACAAAUGAAACGGCGGGUUAGCUGAGUUAAUUAUUCCUGAUUAUGAUACGAAUGAUGCGAUCGCUAUAAUUUCAAACAUUGUCUGUCACCAGGGAUCCUCAGCCUGAACUCUUCAACAAUGACGACUUGUACGAGCAGGUCCUCUACGCUCUAGAACAGGACCACUUCUGUGACUUUGAGAUCCAGUUUGAGAUCAUCCAUAACGCCCUCCACUCUCUUCUGGGAGGCCGUGCCCAAUACUCUCUUUCGUCCCUGGACUACUCAGCUUUUGACCCAGUAUUUUUCCUCCACCAUGCCAACACUGACAGGUUUGUGAGGAACAUGUUCCCGUGUUAGAACUGCCAGUUAAGCUGAAAUAAUCAACCAAAGAAAAAAUUCAAAAAAAUUCAAAACUGUAAUAUUAAGGAAAUCUUUUACAUAUCUGCACAUCUUUGAACCUCAGAUUUGAUCAAAUGAAUCGAUUAAUAUUGUAAUAAAAUAAACGUGAUAAAAUUGUUUGAUCAUGUUGGUGAAACGAGUCUGUGUCAUUUAAGCAGCUGCGUGAAUCAGACGAAGCAAGAUUUAUCGUUUUACAAAAUGAGUUGUUCUCCUUUGUUCCAGGAUCUGGGCCAUCUGGCAAGAGCUCCAACGAUACCGAGGACUUAAAUACAACGAAGCCGACUGCGCCAUCAAUCUGAUGAGGACACCAUUGAGGCCAUUCAACAAUGAUGAACUCAACUAUGGUGACCUGACCCACAGAUACAGGUAUGUGGAACUUGAUGACACAAAUAAAUAUAUUUUUCCGAAUCCUUGGUGUUGGUAAAUUAAAAAAGGGCUUUAAAAAUUGAGUUUGAGCACAAAUUUAUAUUAAUGUUUCAUCGGUAUAAUGAUUGUAUGUCCAUAUCUAUUGAGUUUGUAUAUUCUUAAAUUAAGUUCAUGAACACAGGGACUGUGAAAAUUGGUUCCUUUUUAUAUCAGGAAUUGUUAAAAGAUUUUAAUUUUCUCAUGCAACGUUUGAGGUAAAUAAUUAAUUUUAGUUUUAUCAAAGAUUUGUCUCGCAAGUCUCUUUAAAUACAUGAUAUUAUAGAGGCAUAGAUAAUUAGAAUAUUUAAAGUAGAGAUAUAAAUACAUUUUGUCAACUUCAAAUAUCUUUCAUAGCCGCCCAGCUGACACUUUCGAUUACCGCAACCAUUUCCAAUACGAGUACGAUUCCUUGGAGUUCAACCACAUGACCGUCCCUCAGUUGGAGGCUCUGCUCAAGAAACGCAAAGAGUCUGGCCGCGUCUUUGCUGGAUUCCUCCUGCACAACAUCGGCCUGUCCGCUGUGGCCAACAUCUACGUGUGUGUCCCAAGUGGACCCAAGGGAAAGAAGAGCUGCAACCACCCGGUAGGUAAUCCGAACAUCAAGUCUCGAGAGUGAAAGAUGUUGGCAUAUAAGCGACUUUGCUAUUUUUCUGGUCCAUGGUUAAUGGAAGAAGACAUGUUUGAUUACAUGACUUUUAUUUUUGCUAUAGCUUUCUUUAAAAAAAAAAAUUUUAACAUGGUUUUAUUGUAUCCGUUAUUCGAAUUUAUACGAUUCAUUUGAUUCACAGCUAUUUCAGUUUUGGGAAAAAUUUAAGCCUUUGAAUAUUUUUAAGAACUUCCCGUACAUGUAUAGCGCAAUAUAUUGUCGUUGUAAAUUCGAUAAUUCUCACUGUGCUUUGUUUUCUUUCUUCUGUUAAGUUCUUAAGAAUUGGAAAAGUUUUCAAUUUUCUUUUGACUCAUUUAGGCUUUUAAAAAUAGAGACAUUACACUACGUCAUUUAACUACACAUUGCUGGACAGUUCUUUUUUGGUUUUGCCUCAAAAUUUUCCGAUAUUGUAUCAUGUAUGACUUUGUGUUUCUAACAGGCUGGCUCCUUCUCCAUCCUUGGAGGUGAACUUGAAAUGCCCUUUGUGUUUGAUCGCCUGUACAAGUACGACAUCACCAAGACCGUCCGUGACCUUGGCCUCAAGCUCGACAACGCCGCCAACUUUGAACUCAGGGUUGACAUCAAGGCCGUCAACGGAAGCCUUCUGGACUCUGACAUCCUUCCUAAGCCCACUAUUUUGUUUGAGCCUGGAACAGGUAAGUUGGAAGACUUGCUUACAUUAACAUUUUUGUGGAACAGGUAAGUUGGAAGACUUGCUUACAUGACAACUUAAAAUUUUUAUGGCAUAAGUAAGUUCGAAGACUUGUUAAGUUUAUAACUUAACAAUAUUUUGGAGCAAGUAAGUUGUAACACUGGUUAAUAUGAUUGCUUAACAUUUUUUUUUGCUAAAAAAAAACAUGGCUAAGGAAAAUAAAAUUGCCAAUCAAGGAUGUAAUGAAGUUGUUUUUUUGUUGAAUUAGGCUUAGGUUACAAAAAUUUACGAUAAAUAUGACGUUUUGAAAAAAAUCGAAAAAAAAUUAAUUAAAAAAAAUCUUCUAUAUUUAAAAUGAUUGUAUAAAAACUGCUUUGUUAGAAUGACUUAUGUUCCAUUCCAUGAGAAAAAAUAAUACUUUUGUAACAGAGUUAUUAAAAAAACAAUUUCCGAUCAUAUCUAAAUUUCCUAUUGUUUCUGGGUUAACAUCAGACUUUGCAUAUUCAAAUCACAGACGUGAACAUUUCAGUAACAUUUCAUUCUUUUUUUCAAGGCGAAAGACAAAAGUCUUCUGGUGAGGUAACCAACUACCUUGUGAGGAAGGAGAUCAACUCUCUGAGCCCCCGUGAAGUCCAGUCUCUGUACAGCGCCAUGGAAGCCCUCCAGGCCGAUAGCUCAGCUGACGGCUGGCAAUCCAUUGCCUCUUUCCAUGCCAUCCCCCCACUGUGUCCGAGCCCAAGUGCAGAAAACAGGUUCGUCAUUUUUUACGGCAUGCUGGGAUUUGAUUUAAUAUAAGACUUUCUACAUGACACAAAGAAAUGUAUGCAUUUUAUACGAUCCUCAGGAGACAAAUAAAAGUGACCAAUUGUAUCCGAUUUUCUUUGCCUAUUGGAAGUAACAUUAACAACAGAAAACAUUAAACCAUGUUAAAAGAUAUCAAGGAUAAUUUAGAAAGGACUGAGUUCAAACAUUGUGAAUUAAAUAAAUAGUAGUACAAGAUAUGUUAACGAUUUGGAAAAAAAUAGAGACAUGAGAUUUAAAAGGACGUUCCAGCAAAAUGUACGGUAUUCUUUAGAAAUCAAAAUGUUUUGAUUUUCUUGUUUUAUAUUUUCUGAUGUAGAAGGCUUUUAUUUUUUAUAUUUUUGUUCGUUUAUUUUUAUUUUUGUUGUUGUUGUUCAAAAGAUACAAAGUUUGGUCAAAUAUUACAAUGUAAUAAAUCAAGAAGGCCAUUUGUUUUCUUUGAAACGGUAUAAUUUUAAACUGCCGUGACUGUUAUCAGUGAUUUUAAGUUUGUUUAAAAGUUUGUUUAACAUAUUUUUUAAAGCUUUGUGACAAAGUUAUAUUUUAAAAAAUUAUGCCAUUUAAUAUAAUAAUAUACGAUUUUCAAAUUACAAAACAUAGACUAAUCAUCAUGUUUCUGUCCUUCCACAGGUACGCUUGCUGUUUGCACGGCAUGGCCACCUUCCCACAAUGGCAUCGUCUGUACACAGUCCAGGUCGAGGAUGCCCUCAAGCGCCAUGGCGCCCUGGUCGGUAUCCCAUACUGGGACUGGUCACGCGUCAGCGACUCUCUGCCCCACUUCAUCGAUGACGAGAACUUUGUGGAUCCUGUCACCGGUGACCAGAAAGCCAACCCAUGGAAGAAAGCCAGGAUUGAGUUCGAGAACUCAGAGACUGAGAGAGAAGUCGUUGUGAGUAUCUUUCAUAAAUUUAUUUUUUAAGAAAAGUAAUUAAACUUUUAAUUAUCAAUGAGAAGCUAUCUAUAAAAUUUAAAAUAUAUUUCUCAUGAAAUACAUUUUAUAAUUUUACAACUCUGAAACUUGUUAGGAAUUCAAGCAGGAAUAUGAAGAACAAUGACAGAUGUUUUAUCUUUCCAUUUCAUUUUUACUAAAGUUUUAAAUAUUAUCCUUCUAAAAUGUAAAGAUAACCUUCAUUUAAAAUUUAGCACUUAAAGCCAAUAUCUUUCAAAUUUUAAGUACGAUAUUAAAUUUUACAAAUUACAAAUAGAUACCAAAAAGCAAUAACAUUCCUUAAAGAGGCCCAAAAAUCUUUAAAUAACUAGUUUAAAUUCUGAGUAGUAUCUUCUUAGAAUUGAUUUAGAACUAAAAUAGAGUCUGACAAAAUACGUACCCACAAACCGUAGUUUGUGAAUUUGGCAAUAUGUAUUUGUUGAUAUAAUAGUAAUUUAUAUUAUAAAACUAGUUGUCGCAUUAUACAAUUUAAAUCCAAGACUUCUUUGUUGAAAUCAUACUUACUGCUACAUGAAUAUUCAUAAUAAUAAAUGCAUUCUCCACAGUCUGACAGACUGUUUAAGCGUGGUCCUCACGGAUGGGACACCUGGCUGUUCAACCAGGCUCUGCUGGCCCUGGAGCAGGAAGACUACUGCAACUUUGAGAUCCAGUUUGAGAUCACCCACAACGCCAUCCACUCCUGGGUCGGCGGCUCCAAAGAGCACUCCCUGGGACACCUCCACUACGCCUCAUACGACCCUGCCUUCUUCAUCCACCACUCCAACACUGACAGACUCUGGGCAGUCUGGCAAGCUCUUCAGAAAUACAGAGGUUAUGACCCCAACGAGGCCAACUGUGCUUUGGAGCAGAUGAAGGUAGAUCUAGGGCUCUAACAAUACAAUACAAUACAAUACAAUACAAUUUUCUAUUUAAAAUUUAGUGGGGACAUGUGCCAAUAAUUAUUCAUGGAUUUUUGCAUGUUCAAAACCAAAUUUUCUGUUACAGUGAAAAAUUGUAAGUUUAAUCAAAUCAUCACAUUGUUUUAUCCAGGAUCCAUUGAAGCCAUUCAGUUUUGGACCCCCCUACAAUCUUAACCCUCUGACCAAAGAGUACUCUCGCCCCGAGGACACCUUCAACUACGCCGACCACUUCCAUUACCGCUACGACAACCUGGAGUUUGUUGGACUCAGCAUUCCCCAGCUGGACGCCUUCAUCAAGGAGCGACAUGAGCAUGAUAGAGUCUUUGCUGGUGAGUACAUGAGUGUGACAUAGUCUUUGCUGGUAAGUACAUGAGCACGAUAGAGUCUUUGCUGGUGAGUACAUCAGUAGUAGUGGCAUAGCGUGGGACAUAAAGUAAUGUAAGAAUAAUCUUAUAGGAGCAUGUACAAUAACGUACCCAAGUGCAUUGAGAAGGACACACACAGAAACUAAACUUAGAUCAAGAUUUCUGAUGUUAUAAUUGAUUUUCUUUCGCAAAGUUACAUUCUUAACAGCAGUUUGCGCUUUAAUUAAGAAACCUGAGUUUAUUUAGCCUUGAAUUAAAGUUAAAUGAAAUUUAGAUGUAUUCAUGUAAAAUUAAAGCAAAACUAUUUAGACUAACACAAUGAUUGUGAAACAAUAAUCAGACGUAGCACAAUCACACUGCAACUAUAUUCAGAUAUAGCACAAUCACACUGCAACAAUACUCAGAUAUAGCACAAUCACACUGCAACAAAAGUCAGAUAUAGCACAAUCAGACUGGCUGUAGGCUUAUAGAUCAUUAAAUUCCGAUUAACUUACCAAAUGCAGAGAAUUUUCGAAUCUUAUGAGUUCAUUAUUGUGUAUCAUCGUUAACUUAUUACCACAGAGCGAAUGAUGGUGGAAAAAACUUGUCAGUUUUAUAUAUAGAUUAAUGGAUCAGACAUUAAGACAGCAGCUGAGAAGAGAAAUAUUUAUUGAAUUGUUUAUCGAUUACACUAUGUUCCUAAACUAAAUUUAAGUCAACUAUAUUAUACUGUUUCUUUUAAAUCCCCAGGUUUCCUGCUCAAGGGAUUCAAGAAGUCUGCUUUGGUUGACUUCGACAUCUGCGCCGAUGGCAAAUGUUUCCCAGGUGGUUACUUCACCGUCCUCGGUGGAUCUGCUGAGAUGCCAUGGCAAUUCGAUAGACUUUUCAAAUAUGAGAUCACUGAUCAGGUAUGUAGUGGGUUUAAAUAUGAGAUCACUGAUAAGGUAUUUAGUUGGUUUAAAUAUGAGAUUACUGAUCAGGUAUGUAGUUGGUUUCAAUAUGAGAUCACUGAUAAGGUAUGUAGUUAGUUUAAAUAUGAGAUGACUGAUCAGGUAUGUAGAUGGUUUAAAUAUGAAAUUACUGAACAGAUAUGUAGUUAGUUUAAAUAUGAGAUCACUGAUCAGUCAUGUAGUUGGUUUAAAUAUUAUUUUUUUCAUGAACGGGCUCUCAACUCAUAAAUAAAUUGUAAUUACAAUCUAAAAUUCACACCAGCACUUUCAUGUGUCAUAAUGAAUCAAAUUUUUAAGAGGGUUAGGGAGUUAAAUUUUUAGAUGAAAAUGAUGUAAGAUUUGUAUAAAAUUUAAUCCAUAAGGUAGUAUUCCUAAUGAAUAAUAUCAUCUGGUAGGGAUAUUAUUUUAACUUUAAAACGGCGUAAACAAUGAUAAUUAUUUAAAUUACAUCCAAAGUGACACAUUAUAUGUGAUUAAAAGAUUUGACCGUCAGACAUAAUAAAAUCGCGCAUCUUUCACAAUUGAUAUAGCAACCACAUAAACAUUAAAUGAACUAACCGUCAUGAAAACGUUAAAGGUACAACUAAGCUUUCUUCUUUGUGAUGUUUCCACGCCCAUCCCUUAAUAUUUUACACAUUUUCAAUUUAUAAUUUACAUACUUUGUUGAACGAUUUCCUAAUUUUCUAAAAAAACAAGCUGCUGGAAAUACAAAUUACCUUAAUGCUAUGUGUGUUUCUUGCCAUUCAUGAUAUAUCUGUGUAUAUUCUUGCUGCGCAGCUGAAUGAACAUAAGCUGAGAUUUGACGACGAGUACAGCUUCCAGAUUAAAAUCCGUGCUCCAGACGGCACCGAAUUGAGCAGUGAUUUGAUUGCUACCCCCAGCGUAAUUUUGGAACCCUUCAAACGUAUGUCCGGGUGCACCUGGUGCACCUUGUUAAAACAUUGUAUUUAUAGUUUCAAUAAUUUUAAAUGUUAAAUAAAUAUAAUAAAAAUUCUUAUUAAUUAAAAAGAAUGUAUGCUAAGAUACAAUGUCAAUAAGAUUUAAAGAAAUUGUUCUGUGAUGAUAGAGAUCAUUUACACACAUUUACAUAAACCACAAUUCUAAAGUGAAUCAAAGAAAAUAAUUUAUUAACAUUCACAAACAAUAAAUAAAUAAUAACACUUGUUAGUAACAUUAUCAACAAAAGUCGCAAUCAUACAGUAAAAAAUAUCAAAUCAGAAGUGAUAAUUACUUGAACGUACUAAUUUUACAAAAGAAAACGGUAACUUCAUUUCAGGAGACUAUGACCUUGAGAAGGUCACUCCCAACUUUGUGCGUCGCGACCUCUCGACACUCACCGAGCGUGACCUUCAGGGACUGAAAUCCGCCCUACGUGACCUUCAGCUGGACGAGAGUGCCGACGGCUGGGCCAGUCUUGCCUCAUUCCACGGUGCCCCCAGCAAGUGUGAGAAUGAAAGCGGUGCCAAGGUCGCCUGCUGCAUUCACGGCAUGCCCACCUUUCCCCACUGGCACAGGUUGUUCACCGUACAGGUAAACUGUCACCGUAUGGGUAAACUUUCACACCAUGAACCUGUGUAAUUAUGUAAUCCAUCUUCUUUGUCCACUACAAUACUAAAAGAAAAAAGAAAAAUCCCUUAAAAACCAAUUGAACGGAUCAAGGGGUGUGAGUUUUUUUUAACACUUUGAGCUACACAAUGCUUUGAGGGCUUCUUUAAUGGAUGUGAUGUAUUUAAAUCUCAUGGCUUCUGCAACUAAGAUUGAUAUCAACAGAUUCUUUGAUGAGCUUGUUCGUUGUUAGCAGUGGUCUAAGAACUGAUUAGAUUUGUAUUCCUUCCUUUAAACUAAGGUUGAGCGCGCCCUCCAGAGACACGGUAGCGCAGUCGCCAUUCCAUACUGGGACUGGACCAAACCAAUCACCGCCCUGCCAGAGAUUUUCACCAAGGAGGACUUCUACGAUGCCUGGAGAGAUGAGGUGAGUCACCUGUAAUGUUAAACUAUGUUCACGUGAACCUUCAGCUUAUAGUGUGAUAUAACACGCUGAUUGGCAAAGGUGAUGAUAUGUCUGUUCUGACAGGAACUAUUUUCUGUAUUUCACAGGUUGUUGAUAACCCAUUCGCUCGCGGAUUUAUCCCAACUGAAAACACAUACACAGUCCGUGACGUCAGACCCGAGCUGUUCCAGACGUCCAAAGAUGGAAGCCACUCUGACCUCUUCGAGCUCGUGCUCUCCGCACUGGAACAAACCGACUACUGCGACUUUGAGGUCAGCAAAUAUGCUUUUAGUUUUAUAAUUUAAAAUCCAACAAUGAGAAUAAUCUUUAGUGUUCAACAACGUUAAUCCUUUUUAGGCAUACAGGUCAAUUGUUCUAAGUAAUAUUUUCAUAGUUUACUUGUUCAAGAACACCGCACUGUUGAUUCAAUCAAAUAGGUUCUUUGAAUCCCAUUUGAUAUUUUUAUGUGCUAUAACACACACGUAUUCACCAACCACAAGUUAUGUUGUACCCCGUUUCAUUAUUUUUUAUGAAUUUUAAAUAAACUUAUUUGACAUUUAGGUCCAAUUCGAGGUAAUGCACAAUGCUAUCCACUACUUGGUGGGAGGUCUGCAGACCUACUCCCUGUCUUCCCUGGAGUACUCCGCCUACGAUCCAAUCUUCUUCAUCCAUCACUCCUUCGUGGACAAGAUCUGGGUCGUGUGGCAAGAGCUUCAACAGAGAAGACACCUGCCCUCCAACACCGCCAACUGCGCCCUUAACUACUUGGCCGAGCCCAUGAAGCCCUUCAACCUUGACCUCAACAUCAACGCUUUCACAAAGUGAGUCGCCUUUAUUAAAACAAUUCGAAAAACAAGAUAGAAACGACAAUUAUGUUCGUUUGUAAAACACUUGAAUCAAAUAUUCAUACAUGAUAAUUAAUGUCUGUUUGCCUUAACGUGAAACAUCUUAUAAGAAAAGCAGAGUCAAACUUGUUUUCAAAUUGUUUUCUUUCAAAUUGUUGUACACAUUAUGAGGGAAAAAUUUAUUUUUAUUUUUUCUAUUACAUUUAAAUGCACGAUGGAUAUUUUCAUCUGUCAAAUAUUACCUAAAUAAAUAAAUAGGUGAAACAAAUCAUUUUAAAUCCAAAUUUUUAUGAUUAUAAAAUGCAUCUUUAAAUGUCAUGAGUACUUGACUUAUCUUUUCUCUUGUGUUGGGUUAAAGCACACAUAUUCCAUGUUUUAAAUUACAAAAAUGUGCCUUAGGAAACACGCAGUUCCCAGAGACGUGUUCAACCAUGAGGAACUCGGCUACCAUUACGACAACUUGAACAUCGGUGGCUACAAUCUAGACCAACUCGAGCAGCUCAUCGCCCAGCACCAGAGCCGCCCCAGAGUGUUUGCCGGAUUCCUGCUCAAGGGAAUUAAGACUUCCGGAUCUGUUGUACUGAACGUUUGCAAGGUUGGUUAAAAGAAAACUCUCUGAAAGUUCAUAAAGAAUUCCAUAUAAAUAUUGGUUAUGAUUUAGUAAAUAUCGUUUAACGAGUUUUACAAGAUAAAUUAUAUGCAUCAUAUUAAUCCUGACUCUCCAGGGCUCUCAAUGCACAUACGCCGGGCGCUUUAACCUACUCGGUGGACCCUCUGAGAUGCCGUGGGCUUUUGACCGUCUCUACAAGAAAGACAUCACCUGGGCUCUGGAGGCUGCCGACAUCAAGCCCGAAAGCGUGUUCGAUGCCGACUCACUCUUCACCCUGGAUGUCAAGGUCUUUGAUGUUGAAGGUCACGCUAUCAAUGUCAAAUCGGUAUUCCCAACUCCAAGCAUCAUUUACGAGCCUGCUAAAGGUAGACUACAAAUUUUCAUGACAUAUUUAUUACAUAUAAACAUUACUUUAAAGUGAGAUCAAUUUUAUUUCUUAAAUCUAAUAUCUUUAAUUAUUGUAAAACAUAAUUUUUUUAAUGGAAAAAAAACAUAUAAGCCAGCUCAAUUGCAACAUAAUCUAAAAAGUCACACUGUAUACAAGGAGAUGUGGGUCUUUAUUCUUUUCAAGCAAUUUACAAUCAUCCUAUAUAAAUACCGGAAAAAUUUUUGUUAAGCACAAUUUUAAAAAAGCUAUAGUUUUAUUUACAUUUCUGUGAAGCUUAACAAACUUUUUUUUCUUAAUUUUACACAAAAAUAACCCCAAAACUGUUGCUUAUGGUGCCUUAGUAAGAAACGUAAUUAUUUUCUGUGCAUCAGGUGUUGCCAACGUUGAGGUCACAAGUGCUGUUGCUGGCGUUGGUGUCCGUAAAGACGUCUCAUCCCUAACCGCGUCUGAAACUGAGAGCCUCCGCAACGCCCUCCGUAAAGUCCAAGAGGAUGAAGGACCUAACGGCUUCCAGGUAUGUUCUAGCACCUCAUCAAAAUAAAGUACCAGACAAUCAGAUCAUAUCAUCACUCACCUAGUAACAAUCAAGUACAAAACCAUUUAAUCAUUAAUUAUAAUUACGUAUAUGAUUGAUAGUUAUUAUCUAAAAAAAAUUGUCCAUUUUUCUUUAAUAAAACUUUGAAUACUAAACAACCAUUAAGAAACAAAGUACUUUUCUAAUUAUUAUUUUUGACUUGCAAAUUCUCCCUCCCUAAACCAGAACAUCGCCAGCUUCCACGGCAGCCCGGCCAAAUGUGAAUAUCAAGGUUAUCCCAUCGCUUGCUGUCUCCACGGCAUGGCCAAUUUCCCUCAGUGGCACAGACUGUACGUCAAACAGUGGGAGGACGCUUUGACUUCUCAGGUAACUAUUUAUGUUAUUUAUCUUUUAAAAAACUUAACCAGCGAAUAUUCAUAUUAUGAGCUAAUCUUUAAUAGAAACACCAAUGACUUCAUAAAGGAAUUCAAGACUAGUAAAAAAUAAAAAAUUACUAACUCUCUUUGGGAGAAAUAUUUAUUUUGCGUUGACAAAAGUUUCAAAAUGUGCUUAUUUUCAAUAUGUGUAUAUGUAAAAAUUAUCUAUGUACGUCAUUAUUGUUGCAAAAAAUAAAAUGUAACCAUGUUUUUGAAAUUUAAAACAGUGACAUACCACAUACAAAGAUUCUGAAUAAAUUGGCAUGUGAACAUGUUACCUUUCCUCAGGGCUCCAAGGUCGGCAUUCCCUACUGGGACUGGACCACAGCGUUCACCGCUCUUCCCACCCUCGUCACAGAGGAGACCAAUAACCCAUUCCACCACGGCAAGAUCUACAACGGCGAGAUCACCACCAGGGCACCACGUGACCAACUUUUCAACGACCCAGAGUUUGGAUCUGAGUCCUUCUUUUACAGACAGGCGCUCUUUACCUUCGAGCAGACCGACUACUGCGACUUUGAGGUACGGCAAUAAUUGAAACCUUUUUUUUAAAAUUAAAAACAUAAAUUUUGCAUUGAAAUGAAUUAAAGUGAUGGUUGAAUCAGACUUAUAAUAAAAAAAAUAAAAGAAUGGUUUGAUAAUUUUCUUUAGAAAUUAAAAAAACUGAUUAUUUCUCCAAAUUGUAAUUAUUUUUUAAAGAAACUUUUGUAUAAAAGGCUCAUGCAUAUCCCCGCAGGUUCAAUUUGAAAUUACCCAUAAUGCCAUCCACUCCUGGACCGGAGGCAGCUCUCAGUACGGCAUGUCCUCACUAGAGUACACCGCCUACGACCCUCUCUUCCUCCUGCACCAUUCCAACGUUGACCGUCAAUUUGCCAUCUGGCAAGCCCUUCAGAAGUUCAGAGGCCUUCCUUACAACAGCGCCAACUGUGCCAUCCAGCACCUCCGUCAACCCAUGAGGCCAUUCAGUGAUGAGAGCAACCUCAACGCCAUCACCAGGGCAAACUCACGUGCCAUUGAUGCAUUUGAUUAUGACAGGUGAUUUUAAUUGCUUCUAAUUACGACAGAUGUGUUUACCUUUAAGAUAUGUUCAAAUAUUGAGUUCAUCAUCAUCCCACAGCUGACUGAAGCAUAGAGUAUCAAUAUUCCCAAAGUUGCAUUGCUCUACACAGUUCUUUUAUCAGUAUCAAGUCAUUCUUAUGUCUCGUCUUCAUGUUUUAUUAACUCUCUCACAACUCUUUGACUCUUGUAAGUUCCGGUUCAGCGCCUUCCUUUUCAAUAAACUUCUAUUUUGGUGUUAUAUUUUAAUGGUAGUGUUUUGGCCACAGUCAAGAUUUGUUUUGUCCGUACUUCAAUUAAACAAUUAAAAUACAAACCGUUUAUGUGAUGGAGACUUGCCAAAUAUAAAAUAGAAUUUCUUCUAAAUUAUUAUUUUAUACAUAUAGAACAAUAGGAAUAUGUAUUAAAUAUUUUAAAUUUUGUUCAAACUUCUUGUUCUGAUAAAUGUUUUCUCUUUCGCAGGAAAAUAAGGGAUACAAUUUAUUGGUUAAAAAUGUAUUUAAGUUAUUUUCACAUUCAUAUACUACCAUGAAAAUAUUCUCCUAAUAUUUAAACCUUUCGACCUGCUAUCUCUUCAGACUCAACUACCAAUACGACAACCUCAACUUCCACGGCCUGACCAUCUCUCAACUCAACGACUUGCUCGAGAAGCGAAAGGAAGAAGACCGCAUCUUCGCCGAAUUCCUUCUCCGUGGAUUCAGCGCCAGUGCUGACGUCAUUUUCAAACUUUGCGACGAGAAAGGACACUGCGAGUUUGCUGGUGAGUUAGUGAUAGUGUAACCAGGGACACUGCGAGUUUGCUGGUGAGUUAGUGAUAGUGUAACCAGGGACACUGCGAGUUAGCUGGUGAGUUAGUGAUAGUGUAACCAGGGACACUGCGAGUUUGCUGGUGAGUUAGUGAUAGUGUAACCAGGGACACUGCGAGUUUGCUGGUGAGUUAGUGAUAGUGUAACCAGGGACACUGCGAGUUUGCUGGUGAGUUAGUGAUAGUGUAACCAGGGACACUGCGAGUUUGCUGGUGAGUUAGUGAUAGUGUAACCAGGGACACUGCGAGUUUGCUGGUGAGUUAGUGAUAGUGUAACCAGGGACACUGCGAGUUUGCUGGUGAGUUAGUGAUAGUGUAACCAGGGACACUGCGAGUUUGCUGGUGAGUUAGUGAUAGUGUAACCAGGGACACUGCAAGUUUGCUGGUGAGUUAGUGAUAGUGUAACCAGGGACACUGCGAGUUAGCUGGUGAGUUAGUGAUAGUGUAACCAGGGACACUGCGAGUUUGCUGGUGAGUUAGUGAUAGUGUAACCAGGGACACUGCGAGUUUGCUGGUGAGUUAGUGAUAGUGUAACCAGGGACACUGCGAGUUUGCUGGUGAGUUAGUGAUAGUGUAACCAGGGACACUGCAAGUUUGCUGGUGAGUUAGUGAUAGUGUAACCAGGGACACUGCGAGUUAGCUGGUGAGUUAGUGAUAGUGUAACCAGGGACACUGCGAGUUUGCUGGUGAGUUAGUGAUAGUGUAACCAGGGACACUGCGAGUUAGCUGGUGAGUUAGUGAUAGUGUAACCAGGGACACUGUGAGUUUGCUGGUGAGUUAGUGAUAGUGUAACCAGGGACACUGCGAGUUUGCUGGUGAGUUAGUGAUAGUGUAACCAGGGACACUGCGAGUUUGCUGGUGAGUUAGUGAUAGUGUAACCAGGGACACUGCGAGUUUGCUGGUGAGUUAGUGAUAGUGUAACCAGGGACACUGCGAGUUUGCUGGUGAGUUAGUGAUAGUGUAACCAGGGACACUGCGAGUUUGCUGGUGAGUUAGUGAUAGUGUAACCAGGGACACUGCGAGUUUGCUGGUGAGUUAGUGAUAGUGUAACCAGGGACACUGCGAGUUUGCUGGUGAGUUAGUGAUAGUGUAACCAGGGACACUGCGAGUUUGCUGGUGAGUUAGUGAUAGUGUAACCAGGGACACUGCGAGUUUGCUGGUGAGUUAGUGAUAGUGUAACCAGGGACACUGCGAGUUUGCUGGUGAGUUAGUGAUAGUGUAACCAGGGACACUGCGAGUUUGCUGGUGAGUUAGUGAUAGUGUAACCAGGGACACUGCGAGUUUGCUGGUGAGUUAGUGAUAGUGUAACCAGGGACACUGCGAGUUUGCUGGUGAGUUAGUGAUAGUGUAACCAGGGACACUGCGAGUUUGCUGGUGAGUUAGUGAUAGUGUAACCAGGGACACUGCGAGUUUGCUGGUGAGUUAGUGAUAGUGUAACCAGGUUCUGAAAACAUUUCAGUUCAAAGAAUCAGUUCAGUGAGCUGAGUUAAACGACAUAAACACAUCUUUAAAGUAAAGAUGAAGUCAUACACAAAAAUUGACUUCAUUUGUACUGUCAUACACAUACAUGGAAUGUCAACAUGUUCAAACACAUAAUCUAUUGAUUUUUUUAAAGAUAAAGUUAACAAUUAUUGUAAAGAAACAAUUAAAAAGACUGUACUCCUGACAAGUGUUGACUUUAAAUUUCUGAGAGGAUUUGCCCCAACAUUGCUUUUGUUUUAUUUUUCUUUCAGGCACAUUCGCCGUUUUGGGCGGACCACUUGAAAUGCCAUGGGCCUUUGACCGUCUCUUCAAGUAUGACGUCACAAACGUCUUCAAUAAGCUGAACCUCAGAACCGACUCCGAUUACCACUUCGAUGUUGAAAUUAAAGCCAUCAAUGGAACCUUCUUGGACAGCAAUCUGAUCAGAUCUCCAAGUGUGCAGUUUGUCCCCGGAGUCAAGAGUAAGAACUCUUUAAUCUACACUCAUUUUAAUGACGUCAUUUCAUCUUAAGCCCUUGUUUACAUGACUGUCCAUGAAAGUACUUUAUAACGUGUUGGAUGAAGAUAUUUGAAGAAUAAAAAAAACACUGUUUAUACAAGACAUUCACAAAUGUCCAAUGCCUACUUGUUUAUACAAGACAUUCACUAAUGUUUAAUGCUUACUUGUUUAUACAAGACAUUCACAAAUGUUUAAUGCCUACUUGUUUAUACAAGACAUUCACUAAUGUUUAAUGCUUACUUGUUUAUACCGGUACAAGACAUUCACAAAUGUUUAAUGCCUACUUGUUUAUACAAGACAUUCACAAAUGUUUAAUGCCUAUUUGUCUAUACAAGACAUUCACAAAUGUUUAAUGCCUACUUGUUUCUACAAGACAUUCACAAAUGUCCAAUGCCUACUUGUUUCUACAAGACAUUCACAAAUGUUUAAUGCCUACUUGUUUAUACAAGACAUUCACAAAUCUUUAAUGCCUACUCCAGGAUUCUACGAGAAGGUGGCCGAGAAAACCGUCGUACGUGACGAUAAGCUGGUCAGAAAGAACGUGAACCAGCUGACCUUGGACGAGGCAGCCAACCUGAGAAACGCACUGAACCAACUCCAGAACGACCAGGGCCCCAACGGCUUCGAGGCCAUCGCUGGAUUCCAUGGUGCCCCCUUCAGGUGCCCAGCUACCGGCGAUGACAAAUAUGCUUGCUGUGUGCAUGGUGAGUCCAAUGGAUAUGUUCACAACGUAAGCUAUAGAGAUACGUGGAGAUUUUAGGUUCCUUCGAAAUCAAUUGAAUUAAUUUUGUGAUGAUUUGAAGUUAUAGGAAAAUGAAUUUAGAAUUCCUAUGACUGUUUUGUUCCCAAUCACCACACAGGUAUGCCCGUGUUUCCCCAUUGGCAUCGUCUCUUCACCGUCCAGAUUGAGCAGGCCCUCAAGAGCAACGGAGCCCUCAUCGGCGUGCCAUACUGGGACUGGACCACUCCGGUCAAAUCUCUGCCCUCAUUCUUCGGAGAUGACGCCGACCACAAUCCAUUCGCUUCAUUCAGAAUCGCAGCCGCUAAUGAGGUAAGUUACAUUCACUUUGAGGUAAAUGAGGUGACUGAUUUAAAAUUUAAACAAGACUUUUUAAUAUACAUAUUGAGCUGUUCCUUUGAAAAAAGUAGAAAGCUUUUCAAUCCCAACGUUGUAUUCAACCUUACAUUUCUUACUAUUUCAUUAACAUGGUGUUUAACCUUACACUUCUUAUCGUUUCAUUCAGAAAACCACCCGUGAGGUACAACCAGAGCUGUACAGUGAACGUAAAGUACACGGCUACAACUACCUGUUCUACCUGGCACUGACCACUCUAGAGGAAGACAACUACUGCGACUUCGAGGUCCAGUUUGAGGUCCUCCACAACGAGAUCCACGCCGACAUCGGCGGCUCAGGCACCUACUCCAUGGCCACACUGGACUUUUCCGCCUUUGAUCCAUUCUUCAUGAUCCACCAUUCCAGCAUUGACAGGAUCUGGGUCAUCUGGCAGGUAUGUCAUUUGAAUAUUUGGGUCAGCUGAUAGGUAUGACAUUGAAUAUCUUGGUCAUCCCACAGGUAUGACUCCAUAUGCACCAGGUUCACAUCGACAUUCAUUAAAAUUUCAACGGCAAUGGUACACACUACACAAUUUCUAUCAUUUGCAAAUCCAUGGCAAUCUUUAUUUAUUGACCUCUCAUAUUUUCAAUAUUAUGCAAUACUACAAUAAUGAACAGUCAAAAGUACAGAGCUUUUUUUAUAUAAAUUAAAUCUGAUUUUUACUUAAUCAAAACUCAUAAUUUUGUUAAAAAUACCUAUAUAAUAACGUAUUGCUUGAAUAAAAAAUUUUUAAAAAAAGCAUUGUGGAUCUCAAACAGGAACUUCAAAAACUCCGCCGCAAACCAUUCAAUGCUGCCAGCUGUGCUGGUCCCAUCAUGGAGAGACCACUUCAGCCUUUCAGCUACCCCGAGGUCAACAAGAACGAGUUCACUCGCCUGAACUCUGUGCCCAAUGUCCUAUUCGACUCUGAACGCCUUGGGUACAAGGUAAGUUGAGAGAAAGCCACCAUCUGUGAAACAAUAUAAGUGUACUCCGCCUGAUGACCGUCUGAUGAGGACGGUCUUCGAAAAGUCAUAACAAUAUCAUAGGUUUUGGAGAAGACAAUUAUUAUAAUGAAAAUAAUAAUUCUGAUCAAUUAAAGUCAUUUAAAUAAUACUUAAGGUUCUGAGAACAGAAUGGUUAAAUUUAUGAUUGUUUAUUUGGACCUUCGAUGGGAGCUCUAUGAAUACAUCUAGACCUUAGAUGGGAGUUCUAUGGGUACAUCUAGAUCUUAGAUGGGGGUUCUAUGGAUACACGUAAACCUUAGAUUGGAGUUCUAUGGAUACAUGUAUUCAAAAGAUAUAAAUUAUUCAGCCAUUUUCUUCAACAUUAUUGGUUAUUGAUAUACUUAGUACACAUUUUUAAUCGUUUAGAAGAAUUUUAUUAUUCAACUUUAAUAUUUAUCAACUUUUUCUAUUUAUUUUUUUCAAAGCACUAAUUUUGUUGGAAUAUAGCGGUACAUGUUUUAAUGAUGCAUUUCAGAAGAUUGUGUUUUGUGCAUUUCUUUCUGUGUUUUGUGCACUUUUUUCUGUGUUUUGUGCACUUUUUUCUGUGUUUUGUGCACUUCUUUCUGUGUUUUGUGCACUUCUUUCUGAGUUAUGUGCACUUCUUUCUGAGUUAUGUGCACUUCUUUCUGAGUUAUGUGCACUUCUUUCUGAGUUAUGUGCACUUCUUUCUGAGUUAUGUGCACUUCUUUCUGAGUUAUGUGCAUUUCUUUCUGAGUUAUGUGCACUUCUUUCUGAGUUAUGUGCACUUCUUAAAACUUCUUUCUUUUUUUUGUACAUUUCUUUCUGUGUUCUGUACACUUCUUUCUGUGUUUUCUACACAUCUUUCUGUGUUCUGUACACUUUUUUCUGUGUUUUGUACACUUAAGUCUUUGUCUUGUAAACAUUUUUCUGUGUUGUGUACAGUCCUUUCUGUGUUUUGUUCACUUCUUUCAAGGAUUUUUAACAAAUGAAAGAAUUAGAAUGGGUACUCUCGCAUGUAGUUUUUGUAAUGUUGCGUUUUGCAUUUCAAUGUGGUAUAAUAUAGAUUUUUUUCAUUUCUCUUUUAAUAUGGUCAACUUUGUACCGCGCUUUGAGCCUUUGGGGAUAAAGCGUGAUUUUCAAAUAAACUUUAUUAUUAUUAUUAUUACUUUCAGUACGACAAACUCGAGCUCAAUGGUUACAGCGUGGAAGCGAUCAACAAUAUCAUCAAAGAUCUGCACCACCAGGAGAGGAUCUUUGUCGGCAUCGUCGUCUACGGUAGACAGCAGAGUCUUACCAUUCAAGUAAGUCAUGUAACAGUCAAGCUUAAAUAUGACAAUUAUGAUGCAUAUUUAACAUAAAAUUUGAUAUAUAUAUAUAAAAAAUGAAAACCCUUUAUAUGUAUACAAUCAUCAUGUUUUGUAAUCACAGUAAUGGUUACUGCUUGUAAAAAUUUAAGAGUUAAUCCCUCCCCACAAACCACCCACAAUAUAUAUUUUUAUUAUUCAAAAUGGAUUCAUAUUUCAUAAAUUAUAUUAUAAUUCUGAAUCAUCUUCAUCGAUAUCUUAUAUAAUGCCAAAAUCUCUUGUAUAUGGCAGAUCUCACUAGUCAAUGGCAAUGAUGAGAUAAUCGAUGCUGGAAGCGUCCACAUCCUCGGCGGCGAAAAGGAGAUGCCAUGGGCUUACGAGAGAAUCAUGAAGAUUGACGUCACAGAUGCCAUCCGCAAGGGCAAAAUCUCCACUGACCAGGCCGUGAAGGUGAGCUAUUGAAUUAUUCCCCUUAGCACCAUCCAACAUCUUGCUGUCAAGCCGCAUGGAAAAUCAUAGCAUCAUCACUCAUCCUGCUGUCAUUGCAACUCUUAGCAUCAUCACUCACCUUGCUGUCAUAGCGCAUUGCAAAUAUUUACACUGUCACACAUCUUGCUGUCAUUACAUUGCAAAUCUUAGCAUCAUCCCACAUCUUGCUGUCAUUACAUUGCAAAAUAUUAGCAUCAUCCCACAUCUUGCUGUCAUUACAUUGCAAAAUAUUAGCAUCAUCCCACAUCUUGCUGUCAUUACAUUGCAAAAUAUUAGCAUCAUCCCACAUCUUGCUGUCAUUACAUUGCAAAAUAUUAGCAUCAUCCCACAUCUUGCUGUCAUUACAUUGCAAAAUAUUAGCAUCAUCACACAUCUUGCUGUCAUUACAUUGCAAAAUAUUAGCAUCAUCACACAUCUUGCUGUCAUUACAUUGCAAAUCUUAGCAUCAUCCCACAUCUUGCUGUCAUUACAUUGCAAAUCUUAGCACCAUAACACAACUUGGUGUCAUAUUACAUUGCAAAUCUUAGCAUCAUCACACAUCUGAUGUCAUAGCGCAUUGCAAAUAUUAACACCAUAACACAUCUUGCUGUCAUAGCGCAUUGCAAAUUUUAGCAUCAUCAAACAUCUUGCUGUCAUAGCGCAUUGCCAGUAUUAGCACCAUCAAACAUUUUGCUGUCAAAGUGCAUUGCAAAUCAAUGUGAUAACAUGUGCCAGAUUAAAAUAUAUUCUCAGAACACUGACUUGACUUAAACUCUAAUUAAUAUGUCUGAACUCGAUGUCCUUCAGGCCAGAUACGUCUCCACCGACUACCACGGAACUGUCAUCCAGGAAAACACAGAUUAUGCCAUCAUUGUUGAGAGACAUGCUGAGCAGGACUAUGAUGUUGUGGAGAUUCCAGUGGGCAGAGAGUACCCCCUACCACCCAAGGUAUGGUCCUAUUCGGAGUUCAGAUGUGUUAGGGACACCGAUUAUCAUGGGGGUCUAUGUUGAACACAUUUGGGUAGAGAAUGGAAUGGAAGAAAACAUCUUUAACUCUGAUUUGACAUUGUAAUGCAGACGUUGCUGAAAAUUUUGUGUCAAUUUUUUUGCACAAAUAAACUUGAGUCGAAAACGGGGGGUGGGGGGGGGGGGGGGGGGGGGGGGGGGGGGGGGGGGGUGGAACCGUUUGCCUCAAUUUUCGAGGGAAAUUUAAAAUGAUAUAAAGUCAUUUAAAAACCAUUGUUAAACAGAUUUGAGGACAUCAAACCGCUGUGAGCAUGUUAAAAAUGCAUGGACAUUAGCGCAAUAAAAGUACUCAAUCAUCAUUGAUCAUUAAAAUAUUGACUUCAUUACACAAUAAUAUUUAUUUAUGAGCAAAAUUCAACUUAUUUUCCCUCAUUUUACUCGGUUUUUCUGAGUUCAGUACAGAUGGAUUACACAUCAGCCUCUGUGGUAACAGUAAAAUGACAUGCAGAAGUUAGGGUCUGUAGCUCAGAGUUUAAGAGUGCUGUGCUCGUUCUGACAUAUUGUGAGGCCGAUGAUUUUUAAAAAAAAAUCUCAUCCCGUCUGCCUUAAUCUAUAUUCUCGUUAUUCAGAUAUUAUAGAUAGAUUUAAAACAUAUCCUUUAGUUUUUAAAAAAGGUAUUUUUUCACAUUGAGUGAGUUUUUGUUUUCAAAUUUUGAUAAGAAAAUAAGAAUUUUAAAAAAAAUUGACAUAGUUUUGUUAUGAACAAAAACAUCAUUUUUCAAAUGGUUUCAGCAAAUGUGUAAUGUUACUUCUUUUUUUUAACACAACAGAUUGUCUUGAAGAAGGGAUCCCGCGUCAAGUUCUAUGCUGGCAACCCCAACUUCACCUCACCCCUCGAGAACCUCGGCAGCUACACUUCUUUCAGCAAGUGCUCCAUCCCACCGUUCUCCUACCAGAGCUACGCCCUCGGUGUCGUCCACACCCUGCAGCCAGGUGACUACUUCUUCGUGCCCAAGGACAAGGCCCUGUGUGAGGCAGGCAAGAGGAUCCAGAUCACCGUGGAAGAUGAGUAA